UAUUUCGUAUUUGAUUUGAACAAGGCGUGGAUGUCUAAAAAAUAAAUAAAAUAGACAAGAAAAAAUGUAAAAAGGGAGAUGAAUAUUAAAGGAGUUUUCGUAGCUUUUUGUUUGAUAGCAUUUAAAAGUGGAAAUGGAAAAGAAAUUUGUCCAAGAAUGUGUAUUUGUGAUGUUUUUGAAGGAUAUAAAAGAGCAGAUUGUAGUGAGCAACAUCUUGCUUCACCUUACACAAACGUUGCAAAAAGUGUUGAAAUAUUAAAUUUAAGUGGAAAUGAGAUUACAACAAUAGACAAUGAAUGUCUUGUGAACUAUAAAGCUUUGGUAAAACUUUCAUUUGCUAAAAAUUCAAUUCAUACCAUUGAACUUUUUGCUUUUGAAUCAUUGGAGAAAUUAAAUUAUUUGGAUUUGUCUGAUAACAGGCUCGAAGUGAUUGAUAAUAGAAUAUUAGAAAGAAAUGAAAAGUUGACAUUUCUCGACCUUUCAAAAAACAAGUUUAUGUCAGUGGAGAAUCAACCAUUGAUUAUAUCGAGCAGUUUGGAAUUUUUAUCAUUACAAAAUUCUCAUCUUUCACAUGUUUUUGACUCAUUCUUUGAAGAAAUGUCAAAUCUUGUCGAUCUUGAUAUUUCAAACAAUUUGUUAAUAACUCUUGUGCCGUCAGCGUUUGAACCACUUGAAAGUCUACAAUUUAUUAACUUGGAAUACAAUCGAUUUUCAUGCGACUUUAGAAUCGAAAGCACUUUGCAGAUGUUCAAGCAACGAAAGGUUCAUGUUAAAAUUGACAAAUGUGUAAAAAAUUCGAAGAAACCAAUGUUUGAAAAGAUGAUUCUUCAUCCGGAUGUGAAAACGGAAAUGCCUCGUGAAGAUAUUGAAAUUGAUCUUGUGUGGGGAUCGUCAAAAGAUUACAGAAAACUUGAAAUGGAAAAUGAAAACAUUAAUAAAACGAAAACUUUUAAAGACUUUUAUGUAAAAAUAAAAAAUAAGAAUGAUGAUGCAUUAGAAGAAUUUUAUUGUGACGAUGAUGAACUGUUUCAAUCAACUUGCGAAUGUCAUCAAUAUUUUAUCAAAUAUUACGAAUUUGUAGAAGAAUGGAAAAAAAAAUGCACCAAAGCUAAUCAAAAGCAAAUUGAGCGACAAGUUGUAAGAGAUCAACUACUGAUUAAUAGUGAGUUAGAUACUAGAGUUCUUCAAACAAUAGCAGAACCUCAAAGAAACUCACCAGUUCCAGCAAUAAGAAAUGAAACAACAAAUUUAAUUGAAUCUAAUGAACAACGAAAUGUCAUCACACCGACACGAUCACCGGUACCAGCACCAAGAAACAUUCAAUAUAAUAUGACGCAUUCUGAAGACAAUAGAAUAAGAACUGAAGUUCCAGUGAGAAGCCGAAGUAGUAUCUCUUCUGAACGUGCUAAUACUGAGUUAUCUCCAACAGCACAAUUGAUUCAUCGCCUGUUCAGAAAUCGUGAUCAGAGUUUUCUUCCGGCUCGUUCCGAGCUUAUUCCAAUAAACCGCAAUGAUCAAAGAUCAUUUCCACACAGAUUUCAGCAAGGUCACGAUCUUCGUAUUACUGAAGACGCAAUCUACGCCGAGAUCCCCACUGCACCCAACCCACUUCCGAUCGAAUCUGAAGGAGAUGGCAGCAGUGAAUAUUUUUCAAUUGACAAUUCAAGUUUAAUUUUAAAUCCUGAUGAAAUAAGAGUUGAGAGUGGCACACCCCCACCUGCAUAUAGAUCAAUAUUUGAAGAUUACAAAUAA